UCGCUGUUUGCCUCCCCGACGCUGGUCGCGCCUCGUGCGCCGGCGCGUCUGGGCUGCACGGUUCAAGUCUGGCUAACCAGAACUCCGCUCCAGAUCCCCGAUAAGGAUGCGAUCCUGAUCGCCUCCCUUUCUCGCUGACCAUCGUUAUUUGGGUAUUCCUGUGCAAGGUAUAUCCUGGGGAACUCGAAUCGCCUGAACCCAUCAUCCCCGCCGUCCACUCAUCAUGCCGUCCCCCGACCUUUCGCAUACGCGCCCGCCGCCGACCGACCUCCACGAGAAUUCUAAUGGCUCGGGCGCGCCCGCGGCCUUGCCGGAUCAAGGCGCUAACGGUGACGCGAUCGUCGAGGGGAAACAGCAGGCCAAAGCCACGCUGGCUGCCUCCGGGGUGCCGUUGAACGAGGACGCGUCGAACGGCCAUUCGGAUUCCGGCAACGGCGUCUCCAAGAAGCGGUCACACGACGGGUCCACCCGGUCCUUGCCCGUGCGCGUGCGCGAGACUCCGGCGGAGAAGAUCCUGCUGGAGGACUACGUCAACCGGGAAUUCCACCACUCGGCGCUGACCGCCUGGCACAACCCGAGCCAGACGCUCGUGCAGGAGAAGCGCGCCGAGCGAGACUACCUGCUGUCCGUUCGACGGGACCACCACCUGAAUCCCGCCGCCUUGUAUGGCAUCGGCUACCAAGGGAUCGGAAACCCCCGCACCGAUCUGCGAAACCCACACCCUCAGCUCCUGUAUCCGUCCAACCGGCGGCGGCCGGGGAGCCGGCGAACCCGCGAACUGCGGGUGUCGCGCAAGGACCUCAAGACGCAGAACGAGCAGAUCGAGGACCUGGUGCCCGUCCGGCUCGACAUAGACUGGGAGAAGAUCAAGAUCCGAGACACGUUCACGUGGAACCUGCACGACCGCGUUGUCCCGCCGGAUCUGUUCGCGGAGAAGCUGGUGGAGGACCUGGGCCUGGCCCUCGAGGCGUCGGGCCCGCUGGUGCGGAUGAUCACGCAGCAGAUCCAGGAGCAGCUCUGCGACUACUACCCGCAGAUGCACAUGGAGGAGGAGCCGCUCGACCCGCACCUCCCCUACAGCGCGUACAAGAACGACGAGAUGCGCAUCCUGGUCAAGCUCAACAUCACCAUCGGGCAGCACACGCUGAUCGACCAGUUCGAGUGGGACAUCAACGACCUGCACAACUCGCCCGAGGAGUUCGCCGCGCGCAUGACCGAGGACCUGUCGCUGUCGGGCGAGUUCGCCACGGCCAUCGCCCACUCGAUCCGCGAGCAGUCGCAGCUCUUCACCAAGUCUCUUUACAUCCUGUCGCACCCGUUCGACGGGCGCCCGAUCGACGACCCGGAUCUCAAGACGGCCUUCCUGCCGACGCCGCUGCACUCGUCCUUCCGGCCCUUCCAAGCGGCCAAGGAGUUCACGCCGUACCUGUACGAGCUGAACGAGGCGGAACUCGAACGCACCGAGGUGUCCAUCUCGCGCGACCAGCGGCGACAGAAGCGGUCGGUCAACCGACGCGGGGGGCCGGCGCUGCCAGACCUCAAGGACCGACAGCGGACGAUCCGGACGAUGCUGGUGUCGACGGUGAUCCCCAACACGGUGGCGUCGAUGGACGAGAGCAACGUGUUCAAGCGGCUGGGGUCGAGCCGGUCGCGGCGCGCCGCGGUCGGGCUGCGGGACGGCGCCGACGAGUCCGACGAGUCGGACAGCGACGAAUCGUCGAUGGUGGGGUCGCCGGCCAUCGGGCCCAACCUGGCGCAGGGCACGGCGCGCACGCGCGGGAUGCGAGGAGCAGCCACCGCCGCGCAUGCCGCCCUGCGCGCCAAUCUCCACCAGUCGGCCACGCCCGAACCGCACCACGAGAGCCGGGCGUCGUCCCGCCGACAGACGAUCCGGGAGGAGAGCGUGGACGAGCCAGACCGACUGGUAGUGACGCUGAAGGUGCCGCGGGAACGAUUCCGGCAGCUCCUGACGCAGCCCGCCGCGCCGACCACUACCGCUGCGCCGUCGUCCCAGCAGAGCACGCCGCUGCCGCCGACUCCGUCGCAGGGGUUAUCAGCAGCAGUGGCCACGCCGCAUUUAGAGGGACAACUCCAGCAACGACCGAUCCCGGCGCAUCAGAUUGGGGCGAUUGAUGCGACACAGCCUCCCCAGCCGGGGGUGCCAGGGCCCCCACCCCCAAACUGGCUCGCUGCCGGACUGGCAAAACUGAAACGAUCCUACCCCAAUGACUCCUUCGAAGGCGUAAUGCGCUACACAGCAGUCGACACAGAGACCAUGCUCCCCGUAGCCAACGCCAACAACCCAUCCGGCCACAAGCUCAAAUACCAGUACCUGCCGCGCAUCCGCUGCCACGACUGCCCGGGCAAACUCUACACGCCUGGCCCGGCGACGACGGUGGAUAACUUUGAGGUGCAUUUGCGGAAUCGGCAGCAUAAGGAGCGGGUGGAGGAGCGGUUGGCGAGGGGCGGGAGCUAAGCUCGUUGUAUAGUUUUGUUAGUUGUUUGAUAGAGCGUUUCAUGAUCUAUUUUUCCUUCUUGUUUCUUAUCAUUACUUUUUUGUGUUUCUGUUGGUUAGCUGUGGUUGCUGUGGUUAGUACUGCUGAAUCCAUCCUCAUGACCUGUAUGUCACGUGAUAGACGGUGCCCUGGUCUCUUGAUCCUUGUCUUGUUGUGACAUGGAACUGGGCUCAAGAGUGAUUGAUAUAUCACUUGCUGGUCUGUCACUGCUAUGCAGUGUGUGCAGUCUAGUGUAAUGCUGUAAGUCUAGCCUGAUCUUGUCUAGUCUAAUCCCGCAGUUGAUAUCCACACACCAUGAGAUAGAGAUGGCCAGUGAAUAGU